GUCUCUCUGUUCUUCUGGACGUUGACACACCAUUCACUUUGGUUCGUCUCUACUCUUCAAUCUCAGUUUGUUCUCAUGUAGAUUGGUAUGAGAUGAUUGUUGACUGGGUGUCUCCGAAUAUAUGGAUUAUGGUCUUGAAUUGCAAUGUUCCAGUGACCUUUGGUUCAUUUGGUUCUGAUGUUGUGCCAGCUCGUGGCUUUUCUGUCGCCUUCGUGCGAUUUCCCGCAGUAUGCGGUCUCUUUAUGGUAUUUAAUCUGGCUUUUGGUGCUGUGAGUUUGUGUUUUCUUUCUUGGUGGCAGUUUGAAAGGACACUCACUUGGCUUCUCCAGUUGAAUAUGAGUAUGGAGGGUUUUCAUUACCCCGUAGCUUCCUUCGUGAGGCUGUUCGUCGUCCCAAUAUUUUCUCCUUUAUGGAGUGAAGUGGAUGUUCAAGCGUCGCUAGUAUGGCUGAUGCUCAUCUCUGCAUAUGUUGCAGUGUUUGUAACUUCUGAAGUUACACGGUAUGCUUUUAUUCAACAAGGUUAUGGGAUCGUAGUUCGAUUUCUUAUGGUCUUUUGUAAUGAGGUGUAUCGUCAAUCUAUCAUUUGUUUAAUCAAUGUUUCAGUUUAUUUGGCUCUUAAUAGCUAUGAUGUAUCCUCCCCUUGUGGAGUUAAACUCUGUUAAGUUUUAAUGAAAGUGUGGUUUGAACAAAAAAAAAAAAAUAUGCCAAGAGACUCGCCGCCGCCUCUUGGCCUUUCCUCGUGAAGUAUUAUUAGUCUUUGCUUCGUCCGUCGGUCGAUAAAUUUAUCUUUGAAAAGCUUUGAUCUUUCCUUUGAAUAUACAAAACCCACGUCGUGUAAAGCAAUACCCACAUGACAGAUUGACUUAAACUAAAGAUCAGAGCUUUUUUUUUUUGCUAUUCUCAGUGUGAUCAUCAUCAUGAGGGCGAGAUUGGUUGUGUUCCCGAUUAAAGGGAGGAAGUGGUGUUUCAGCAGAUCCGUUGAUCCUCUCGCUGCUCAAGCGCCGUCCGGUGUUACUCCGACAACUGUACGAGGUUUAUGGAAGAAGAUAUCAUCUGAAUCUAAGCCCAUCAAUGCCAACGCUGAGCUUCUUGUCGAUUUCAUCUCCGACAAGAUGAAUAAGGCGUGGAUGGGUCUUGAAGUAGCACCUGAAGGUUCAAUGAAGAACAAGAUUCACGGGUUAGGGUUGAAGCUUCUGGCUCGUGUGAAGCCGUCUGAGAUAUUCUUGAAGUCUAUAUCUAAGGAGGUCACUUCCGUACAAGUCUCUUAUCCUCCAAGUUUAGAUCCUAGACUUGUACGCAGGAGACUACGCCACAUUGCUUUGAGUGGAACAAUUUUGCACAAGAAGUACCUUAUCGGUUCAGUAACUUUGCUUCCAUUGACCACUGCGUUUACGGUAUUGCCAUUACCAAACAUACCAUUCUUCUGGGUCUUAUUCCGCACAUAUUCCCACUGGCGAGCUCUUCAGGGAAGUGAGAAGCUGCUUAAGCUCCUCUCAGACCAUUCAAAUCCCCAAACUUAUGAUGCAGACGAAAACAAUAACAACAAACCGGAACAAGACGCUCUGUCUCCCACAUGUGUUUUGCUGCCAUCAGAAGAGUUAUACAAGCUACUUCGUGAAGCUAGUGAGGAAGGGCUCGAUGAGGAGACCAUAGUAGAGAUUUGCAAAUUGUUCCAUCUCAACAAGAUCGAUGUUCUUAAAUAUCGCAAUCUAGGCUAACUCGUUUUACUUGGAACAUUUGUUUAAGAUGUUUGGGAACUAACCUUACCCUUGUUUUGAUUCGUUGGAAACUUAUGAAAAAAUCUUUUGUUACCCGGAA